GUGUAUCCUACAGAACUUGAAGAAGCAGCGCUGGAGGAAAGGAAGGCUAGCAAAGGUAUUGAUUUUGCCUGUGACAACAUAUUGGGGAGAAAAGGUGCAGAGCGAAGAAACGGGGGCGAGCUCCGGUGAACUCUAUUCGUUUCUGACGUCUUCUUUUCCGAGGAGCAGGGAGUUCUGCAAGGAGCUCAUCAAAGUGCACAAAGAUGGGCCCGCUGUUGGACUCUGAUCCCCCCGAUGCCUCCAUGGAGGCCGCUCUUCCCAUCCUGCUUCCCUACCUUCCCCACCGCUCACUGCUGGCGGUCCAGGGAGUCUGCCGUUCAUGGCGCAAAACCACGCUUGAAGAGCCCUCCUAUUGGAAAGUUUUCAACAUCACUUGCUUUCCUGGACGCGCCGCGCACUUGCGUGAUGAGCACCUAUUAGCAUGGACAAAGCGUGCCUGUUUCACCGAGGGGGUUGGGGCUGACGUUGCUGCCGCGUUUGGCAAGACAUCACGAGAGGAAGGAAGUAGUGCGGAGAACUUGUUGACCGUGGUGGACCUGACUGGGUGCGCGCGCCUCACCGGGGAAGGGUUGCUGACAGCAUUGCGGGAAUGCACAAAUCUGUCAAAGCUCUGCCUCUCUGGCUGCGGAUCUGUCCGGCCCUCAUCGGUCGUUCAACUCGUCCAAAGCCUCGCCCAACGAAAUGUAGAUCAGGGACGGCAACCCCAGCUGCGCUCCCUUGUAAUCGGGGGCCUUCUGAAAGAAGAACACGACUGCAUGCUCCAGGAGCUGCUCGAGUGCCUCACGCAAGCCGCUAGGAAAGAGCCCGCGAAACGGAUCAAGGGCGCCAAAGGGUACGGUCAGGAGCGCGUAGACUUGGAGGAACUAGGGUGGCACUUCGACCACUGCUGCCCGCAGUGUAGGACUUGUUCGACGUUCGAAGUGAGCGCGUGCGAGGAGGGGGGGUGCCCCUACCGGGGCCUCAGCAGCCUAGGAAAAGAUGCAUGCGACGUGUGCCGGCUCGAGUGUCCCCGAUGCGAGCGGACACUCUGUCAGGGGUGCCACUUUGACAUGGCGCGCUGCCCGGUGUGUCACGAGAGCAAGUGCGCCGCGUGUGUUUCGGCGUGCUUGGAGGGGGGCAUGAUGGCCGGGGACGAAAGCUCGGACGAGGAAGACCUGACUGUGUGGCAAGCUUGAGACGGACUAUGCGCGCAGGUUAGUUGACUUUGUACUUACCGUUCACUUUUGAAGCAGGGGGUCUCCAGAGAGCAAUUGGCUCUGCAAGAGAUGCUGGUCCUAAGCCAAGGUUCAUUGAAGAAACUUUCAAAGUCGGACACCAAAGGCAUCCUCCGUCGUUGCUUUCCGACAACGCCGCACAUGUGUGCGCAGUGUAUUCUGCGAGCUACCGCUUGUGCAUGUACGAUUUACAUAUUGACGGCAUACCAGAGACCACCAGUAGAUUAGCCAGUGCAACAUUGGAUCAUACCACCGC